AUGGCGCCCGGACUUCCGAACCUCUCUCCAAUAGACAUGAGCGAACAGAGCCAAUCAACGCCACAAUCCUACAACCCGAUCGCAACUAUUGUUGAAGAAGCUCAGUUCGUGGACAAUUACUUCACUCAUUACCACCCUAUUUACCCCAUGCUGCAUGAGGAUACUUUCAAAUCAAUGCAAGACAGCCGACCUACUUCACCUGAUUGGCUCGUAUUGAGCAAUGCAGUUCUCGCUUUUGGGGCUUGGCUGAAUUCCGACGCUGAUAAAGGGUCUAGCGAAGUUUACUUUGGCAAAGCUGAGAAUUGUUUUGAGAAGGCGUCGGUAGAGAGCCAGGGAAGCCUCACUUUAAUCCAGGCCUCGGUUCUACUGGCCGAAUUCGCCCAAAAGCAAGGAGUUCCCCAGAAAUGUGGACGUUACAUUGGAUCCGCAGUUCAGAUGGCCGUUGCCCUUGGCUUGCAAAUGGAGCUCGGUGAUUCUGAAAGUACAGAGCUGGACAAAGAGAUUCGCCGGCGGGUCUGGUGGAGUGUGUACUGUUCGGAGAGCUGUUCUGCAAAAACCUACGGACGACCGCUUCUACUGCCUGAAGAUGCAUUGAUAACUGUCAAGCCAGUUUCGAACAUCCAGCCGAAUCAAGUCCAGGAAGCGAUGGAAAUGAUAAAUGAUUGGCAUAAAGGGUCUUCUCUCUGUCUGCAGGUCACGAAUCCGUCAUCAGCCCCGGAUUGGUAUUUCACUGUGCGUCGGCGCCAGAUACUCUGUGAUCGGAGUCUCCGUCUCCUCAUUCACCGGCCACUCCUCUUGCGAUGGCUAAAACGCAAGUCUAUUGAUGGGGACACUUCCAUAUCAAAUAAUCCCGCAGAAGCUCAAUGUCGAGCGCAAGGUUUGGAACUCGCCCGCACAACCGUUGAUAUGAUUUCCGAUUCCUUUAUCUCGGGUCGAUAUUCGAAGUUGACCCUCUCUUUCACACUGUACGCGCUCUUUCAUGCACUCAUCGUUCCUCUUAUCCACAUUAAAGCAGAUCCGUCUGCACCGACUUCAAUCACCUGCAUGCAAGACAUCACCAAGGCGAAAACCGCGCUCCAGAGCCUCCCAGCAGACCUAGAUAGUCUUUCUCAGAGCUUUGUGAUUGCAUUGAGCCAACUAUUCUCUGUGUCAUUCCAGACGGUGCAGGGAUGUGAGGGCGAAUACACUGCGCUGGGUGUUAAGAAAGUGAUCAAGCCUCACGAUGUCCAGUCUUCAGUUCAUGAUAUAUUUGGAAAUCAAGAGUUGGAUCUGCUCAAAAACGAGGACAUCGUCUCAUCACAUGAUGUUGAUUUUUCCGAAUGGAUACACUCAUAA